GAAAAUUAUCAAAAUAAGAAGAUAAUGUUAGGUUAUGUUUUAUAAUUGCUCGGAGUUUUAUAAUAAAAUAAUUUAAAUUUCAAACGAGUACAUUAAUCUGCUUUCCAAAAUAAUAUUUAAUGACGCUUAAUGCAAUAUAUAGAUCAUUUAACCUUUCUUCAAAAGUUAUACAACCAUUUUCAGUACAAUGUAGUCAAAUUCAUACCUCGCCAUCCAAACUUGCAUGGCAAAAUGAAGAUAGAUCUACAAAAAAAUGGUUAAAAUACAAUGAAAAAAUGUAUCCACCGCAAGGACCCGAUGAAGAACCCAGACCAGCAUUUGUUUGUCAUCAAAGAACUAAUAUUAAGUAUAGUCCAUGGAAAAUGUGGUAUGUAGCCUGUCUAAUUAGAGGAAUGCCAGUAGAUGAAGCAAUAAAGCAAUUAAAAUUUGUUCUUAAAAAGGGAGCUAAAGAUGUAAGGGAAGUUUUGGAAGAAGCAAAGGUAAUGGCAGCCAAAGAACACAAUGUUGAAUUUCCAAGUAACAUGUGGGUUGCUGAAUCAUUUGUUGGCAAAGGAACCGUCAUCAAAGGCAUCAGACGACACGCUAGAGCAAGAUUUGGCACAGUGGAAUAUUUUCAUUGUCAUUAUUUCGUAAAAUUAGAAGAAGGAAAACCUCCUAAACAUUACUAUCAACCUAGUAAAGAACCCAAAGAACAACUAGAAGAUUGGUUAUCUCAAAUGAGAAGAAGAAAGAUAACAAGUUCUCUGUAAAAAUAGUUUUAGAAUUUAGAGUUAUGUAUAUAUAUUCAAUAUAUAAAGUAAUGCAAAAUUGGUAGUA